AUGUUAUACGUACAAGAUUUACAACAGAAUCGUCGGAAUAAUAUAAAAGAAUAUGAACGUCUUCGUUCGUCAGCUGAUCAAAAUUUUUUACUUUGUAGUAAUCAAUAUACAGAAAAAUUAUCUCAAUCAUCAAUUCAUACAUCAACACCAAAUGUUAAUCAAGAAGGCACAUCUACAUUAGUAUUAUUAACUCGAAUACAAUCAUUAUUGUCUCUUAACAACAAUAAUAACAGUGACUUGUCCGUUUUGAAUACUGUAAGUGAAGAGAGAAAAAAAUUCGUUGUGUAG